AAAAUGAUGGGAGAAUGUAAACUAAAAUACGAAAAUAGUUUCAGUAAUGUUGUGCAGCUAUAGUGCAACGUUGUGAAAGCUUAGUUAUGUGAAAUAUGUCCAUAAGCUUCAUUGGUGUUGAGUUCAAUGGGAGGUGUCUUCUCCAAGGGAAUGUCCUCAUAAACAGGAGGUAUCUCAGUCUGGCCUCUCUUCCCCUUCCUAUGACAGUGACCAUGACAUUGAGUCAGUAGAACACCAAGUAGCAGUCCAGCAGUGAAGCUACACACUACACACACUACUCCUGUUGUGGCCACUGCUUCUGCUGUGCUCAGAGAACUU